CUUGUCCUCACUUCAUUCAUUCCUCAAUCAACCGGAAUGCGAAAAAUGGAGCGCCGUUAAUUUUUCAUUUUGGCCGGCGGUAUUAGAGGCAGCUCAUUACUCCGUCCGGUUUCGUCUGAAUCUCUGUAGGUUUUUUGUUGGUUCUCGAUCAAGAGGGCGGCUUCAUCAAAAUCUAUACCUAGCCGAGAUCAACAACCUCUGAAAAUGUCGAAGAGUAAGGCGGCAGGAAGCAGCGGGCAGGAUGAACCUCAGCGCAUGGUUGCUUUCAAUUGGAACGCUAAAAUAAAAAGCAAGAUAGUGAAGCAAGAAGAAGAUAUUUGCUGGGCAAUUGCCCUAGCACAUUCACUUGAGGGAACGUUCAACUCUGGAGAUCAAGAAGUCGAGCUCUCUUUUGACGACAUUGUUUACCAAUUAUAUGGUGAUAAAGACACACAUAAGAAGGCACGUGACAGCAGUGAUAGGAAGCUGGCCACACGGAUAAACAAAGCUUACAAGAAUGUACAAGUGAAAGGAAUAGCUCAAAGGCGAUAUUGUCCGUACACGGUUGAGAACAGAUCUAGUCGCAAAGAAGUGAAAAGACUUGCGAAUGAAAGACACAAGUAUGACUGUUUAUUCAUUGCCAAGUUUGAAAGUAAAGAAAAGGUGAAUGAGAAAACCCUUCUGAGUGAUUUAC